AUGAAUACCAAACAAAUCUUCAUGAAUGCGGAGGGUCAAACCGUUCCUCAUCGUCCUCUUCCAUUUGGCUACGAUGCGGAAGCUGCAUCUCAGCGCACACUUCCAGCAACAUCGCAUGACAAGAGUGUCAAGACCACAAACGUUGUUGCUCGCGAAAAGCCAAACAGUCGCCGCAUCUUGUUCAAUGUCAUCGUUGUCCUUUUCGGAAUGGCCGCAACAGGUGUUGCUGUCUGGUUUGUCAUGGAUUCUAGAAUCCAAAGUCGACCCAAAGUCCAACCAACGGAAUCCGACCGUUUUACUUCUAGUGCUAGCCUACAAGCCGUUGCACCACAAUCCACUGAUCCACCAUUAGAAAUCGUUGACAUGAAGCCUCUUUCCAUGUGCAUGGGAGAUUGCGACAAAGAUAGCGAUUGUGCCCGUGGUUUGAUGUGCUUUCAAAGAAAUGCAAAUACCCUGGUUCCGGGCUGUUCUGGAGGAUUGGAAGAUAGUAGCAGAAGCGAUUAUUGUAUUCCUGUCGAGCUGCCUCCUUUGGCAGUCACCGAAACAUUUCCACUUGGACUUUGUGAAGGAGAUUGUGACUCAAACGAUGACUGUAAACAUGGUUUAAUUUGUUACCAACGAACCGGAUUUGUACCCGUUCCAGGAUGUGCUGGGGGCUCUGCUGAUUCUAGCCGGACUGACUACUGCGUUCCUCGUGACCUCGUUCCUGAAACCUACAUGAGUUACUUGGGAGAGAAGCUCUUUGGAAAUCCAGAUGACAACUUUGGAUCUGCUGUGAGUUUGUCUCAAUCGGAGCCUCUUCUCAUGGCGGUGGGAGCUGUAGACCGUGGUUCGACUGGUUAUGUCAACAUUUACCAGCUAGAAGGAGGCGAUAGCUGGGUCUUGGCUGCGACCAUCCAAGGCAACGAAGUUGGUUCUGAUUUUGGUGAUUCUGUUUCCAUGUCUUGGGAUGGGAAGUAUGUUGCUGUCGGCAUGCCCGAGAGCAAUAAUGGCGGAAGAGUCAAGGUUUUCGAACUGUCAACGACCAAUUCAAAUGACAUUGGUUGGAACCAAGUUGGCAAUGAUAUUGCUGUAGGCAGUCCACAGGAAUAUGGUGGAUAUGCCGUCUCACUUUCCGAGGAUGGAAGCAUUCUUGCCGUGGCGGAACCGUACAGCUUCUCUACUUUUAAGAGAGCCAAUUCUGGACAAUGGGUGCUCCUUGGGUCGAGAGUGGACAUUGGAUCCUUUGGAGGAGACUCUAUAUCACUCUCUGGUGAUGGCUCUAGAGUCGCAGUAAAUGUCAAGCCAGAUGAUGUUUAUCCUCCCGAUGGAUACGGCCGUGUCUUUGAAUUUGAUGGCACUGAAUGGACUCAGGUUGGCCAGACGUUGGGUGACUUAUCCAUUGGCGACUCUUUUGGCUUGGACAAUAUCUACUUGACUUCUACUGCGCUGUCUGGUGAUGGUACCACUGUUGUUAUGUCGUGUAUUGAUCGAGUAGCUGAAGAUAGUUAUGUGCGAGUGUACCGAGACAUGGGAGACUCCGAAUGGAUACAAAUGGGCGACCCCGUCUUAGGCAAAUUGGAUGAGUACGCGCCAGCCUCAAAGGUUGAGAUCAGUAAGGAUGGUGAGGUAGUAGCUAUUGGAGACUACGAGUUGGGACGAGUCAGAUUGUACGAAUUCGACAACAGACUUGGGCAGUGGACCCUUGUUGGGGAAGUUUACGCAAAAAACGAGGAAGACCAGUUGGGCGUCGCAUUGUCACUAGCCGGUGGGAGAGGAGAAGCGUAUCUGGCAAUUGGAGGCCCCAACAAGAAACAUGUCCUUGGCAAUCCUGGGUUUGCCACCACUUACAGGACCACUUUUGGAAUUCGACCGGAUCCAACCCCUGCUCCAUCAACCGCACCGUCCGAAUGGACUGUUGGAAGGGCAAAUAAUGGAUUGAUAACUGCAUCAGAGUACAUCUGGGGUCGCGAUCGUGACAGCAAUGGCGUUGUUGGAAAUUCAGUGGCCAUGUCUGGAGAUGGAAAAGUCUUUGCUUACGGCCUCAGCAGUAAAACUGAGCUCAAUAGAGUCGUGGUGAAUGAAGACGAUGGUGAAGGGGGUAAGGAAACACGCCCGCAGCUUUUGGCAACACGUAGUGAUGAUGAGUUCGGAUAUUCCAUUUCCUUGUCACUAGACAGCCUCGUACUUGCAGUUGGAAUACCCAAUAGUCUCGUCAGAACAGUUGAAGGUGCCGGGAGUGUCAAAGUUUACUCGUAUGAUCCUGCAGGAAAGACUUGGGCUCAGAUGGGCGGUGGCAUUGUUGGCUCUGUUCUUCAAGAAUCAGGCAGAUUUGGUCAUUCCGUUUCGUUGAACGACAAUGGUGACAUUCUUGCUGUUGGUGCACCACUUGCGACAGGAGUUUCGAUCUUUCGCUUUGAAAACAAUCAAUGGGUGAAGAUGGGUGAUGACAUCACUGUUUCGGAGUACAAGGCGGCGCGGCAUGGAUGGAGCGUUUCGUUGUCGAGUGAUGGUCUUGUGGUAGCUGUGGGUGGUCCAACCAACGAAGACAAUUGGGAUGAAGCUGGCGCUUGCCGCAUCUACAAGUUUGUUAGCAACAACUGGCAACUACGAGGCCAGCCGAUACUUGGUGAGCAGAGACAUGGUCUGUUGGGUGCAUCAGUAUCUUUGUCCGGUGAUGGCAACAUUGUGGCCAUUGGUGGAAUCAACUUUAGACUGCCCGAGGCGAAAGCUAACAAAGAAGAAAACGUGUAUCACUACGGCGAUCAGGCAGGCGCAGUAUUUGUUUACGAGUAUUCCCCAGAGGACGAUUGGAAAAGUCGUGGGAAACCAAUUCUUGGAAAUGACGCUUUCGAUCGUUUUGGUUGGAGCGUUUCUCUCACGAAGGACGGAAAGAAGUUAGCCGCUGGUGCUCCAGAGCAUGGAGAGGGAGGUCACGUCCGUCUUUUUGUUUUUGACGAAGAGCAUUUGUACUGGGAUCAAAUCGGAGAUAUACAGCGGUACGACGCCUACAAGGAUGGGAAGAAUGGCGGCUUUGGGACAUCUGUUGCCUUGGUGGAUAGUGCCAAUGGCUGGCGAGUGAUGGUCGGUGCUCCAAGAACCAGAACAACAUUUGGUGGUAAUCUUGGUCUCUUACCAAAAUAUGGUGGAGAAAUUUCUGUCUUCGAAGAGUAUUUGAAUGAAUAG